CGCGACGUUGAGCUGCGAGGAUGUGGGGCUCGAACAUCUUCCAGGCGUGUCUCCGUACACGGCCAUAUCCUCGGCCUACACUCUCUCUUCCGGCUCGCUUGUGGUCUCUGCCAGCUCGGAAUGCUGCUACUGCUGCCGCGGUCAAGCCAACGGAGUCUUCGGAGGAGCCUGUAACAAAGGUGUAUCCGACUUAUGACCUCACCCAGGAGGACAUAAGGAGGCUUCGAUUCCAGCGCAACAUUGGUGUCUCGGCGCAUAUCGACUCUGGUAAGACCACGCUAACGGAACGAAUUCUGUACUAUACCGGUCGUAUACGUGAGAUCCAUGAGGUUCGUGGACGCGACAACGUCGGUGCCAAGAUGGACAGCAUGGAACUGGAGCGCGAGAAAGGUAUCACUAUCCAGAGCGCGGCUACCUUCUGCGACUGGGAGGCUACCAUGCCGGCAACUGGAGAGAGGGAGAAGUACGCGAUCAAUAUUAUUGAUACUCCAGGUCACGUCGAUUUCACCAUUGAGGUAGAGCGCGCCCUUCGUGUCCUGGACGGUGCUAUUCUCGUUCUCUGCGCGGUGGCAGGCGUGCAGAGUCAGACCACCACGGUCGAUCGGCAAAUGCGACGGUACAACGUUCCUCGGAUAUCCUUCAUCAACAAGAUGGACCGGCCUGGUGCCAACCCGUGGCGCGUCAUUGGUCAAAUCCGCCAGAAGCUCAAGAUUGCUGCCGCCGCCGUCCAGGUCCCCAUCGGCGUUGAGGACAACCUGCGUGGCGUCGUCGACUUGGUCCGCUGGAAAGCUAUCUACAAUGAGGGCGAGAAAGGCAACAAGGUCGUUGAGUCAGACGACAUCCCUGCGGAGGCCCUGGAGCUCGCCAAGGAGAAGCGCCGCGAGCUCAUCGAACAGCUCGCGGAAGUUGACGAGGAGAUGGGUGACCUCCUGAUCAUGGAAGAGGAGCCGACCACCGCCCAGCUCGCUCACGCUAUCCGCCGCGCGACCAUCAGUCUCAAGUUCUCUCCCGUCUUCCUUGGCUCGGCGAUCAAGAACACCGCGGUUCAGCCCAUGCUCGACGGCGUUUGUGCGUACCUGCCCACGCCAGCCGAGUCUAAGGUCACGGCGCACGAUACCUCGCUCCCGGUCUCCGCUCCCCAAGUCGAGCUUACGCCUGCGUCUGCCGCCCCUCUUGUCGCGCUCGCGUUCAAGCUCGAGGAGGGGCGCUUCGGCCAGCUGACGUACAUGCGUGUCUACCAGGGUACGAUGCGCAAGGGUCAAUUCAUCUACCACGCACGCACCGGCAAGAAGGUGAAGGUGCCGCGUCUCGUCCGGAUGCACAGUAACGAGAUGGAGGACAUCCAAGAGAUUGGUCCUGGCGAGAUCUGCGCUAUCUUCGGUAUCGAUUGCGCGUCGGGCGAUACGUUCACUGACGGUACUUCGAGCUUCUCCAUGACGUCGAUGUUCGUCCCGGAGCCGGUCAUCUCGCUUGCGUUGAAACCUGUCGGCCAAGAAACACCGAACUUCUCUCGUGCCCUCAAUCGCUUCCAGAAGGAGGACCCCACGUUCCGAGUUCAUAUCGACAAGGAGAGCAAGGAGACCAUCAUCUCCGGUAUGGGCGAGCUACACCUUGAGAUCUACGUCGAGCGCAUGAAGCGCGAGUACAACGUCGAGUGCACCACCGGAAAGCCGCGCGUCGCAUUCCGCGAGACGAUCACUCAGCGCGCAGACUUCUACUACACGCACAAGAAGCAGUCCGGUGGUGCUGGCCAAUAUGCGCGUGUCAUUGGGUUUGUCGAGCCGAUGGAGAAGAACGAGGAGACCGGCAAGGACAUCGAGUUCGUCAACCAGGUCAUGGGCGGCAACAUCCCGUCCAACUACAUCCCUGCUUGCGAGAAGGGCUUCUACGAGGCGCUUGAGAAGGGUUCGCUCUCCGGUAACCCCGUCUGUGGUGCCCGCCUGGUCCUCAACGACGGUCUCGCGCACUCGGUCGACUCCUCUGAACUGGCGUUCAGGCUCGCGACGAUCGGCGCAUUCCGCGAGGUCUACAGCGCAGCGAAGCCGAUCAUCCUCGAGCCGAUCAUGACCGUCGAGGUCGUCGCCCCGAGCGAGUUCCAGAGCGCGGUCAUCGGCGGGCUGAACCAGCGCCGAGGCACGAUCGUCGACAGCGAGGUGCGCGAGGACGAGUUCACGGCGAUCGCGGAGGUCGCGCUGAACGACAUGUUCGGGUAUUCGAGCCACCUGCGGGGUAUCACGCAGGGCAAGGGCGAGUUCAGCAUGGAGUACAAGACGCACCAGCCGGUGCUGCCGCAGGUGCAGGCUGAGCUUGAGGCCGCGUACAAGAAGAGCAUCGGGCAGGUCAAAAAGUAAUCUGGGUAAUUUAUGCUAUACGGGACACACUCCCAUAGAUGGUCAUUCGCGCAUACCUCCGGUACUCACCACUCACGUUUUACGUAGCAUCUCACGUAGUCGUAUCACAACAUUACGAUCUUGUAUAAUCCCCCAUUUACUUAGAUUGACUGUAUGGGUUAAAGGCGCACGCCAUAGCAAUAUAAAAGCCUCAAAAAAGGGUAAAGACUACAACAAUCCGCGCGUUCGUCAUGGUCCGCAAUACAAGGCAGUAAGAGGAAACACUCGCUCAUGAUAUUCGUCCAACCGUAAUGUAGUCUAACUGGUCAGGUCGCUCACGCAUUCCCAUGUGCCCUUCAAGUUCUCCUUCCAAAGCGUAACCUUGCCGUCUCCACAGCUGACUGCCAGAAUGUUUCCUGCGAGCGACCACGACACGCGCCACACAACGUCCGGGAACUUGCCCGCGGGCGCUGCAGCCGCCCCAGGCGCCGAGGGCGCGCUCGUCGACGAGGGGUCGAGCGCGGUCUUAACCCACGGCGCGGUCGGCGAGUCUUUUGUCCAGAUCAGCACGGUCUUGUCCUGGGACGCGGUCGCGAUGUACGAGCGGGGCAGGCCGAUGUUGGGCGCCCAGGCGACGUCGCGGACCCAGUCCUGGUGGCCCUCGAGCACCUCCUCCUCGACCCACGCCUGCGUGUCGUCGCGGAAGCCCCAGAUCUUGACGAGGUUGUCGCAGCCGGCGGACGCGAAGCGCUUCACGGACUGCACCGCGGCCGGGGCCUGGCCGGGGACGGUGUUGGACGGCUGCGGGACGAGGAGCGAGCCGGGCUGGACGGCGGGCGCCCAGGAGACGGCGUUGCAGCCGAUGGCGUGGCCCUCGAAGACGUCGGCGCCCCAGGUGCCGUCGUUUUUAAAUGUGAGGACGGAGAUGGUGCCGUCCGAGGACGCGCACGCGAGGAUGGCACCGAGUUCGUGUGGGGCCCAUGAUACCGAAUUGACUGAAGCUUUGUGCAGUGUGUGCUCCUUGAUCUUCGUCCACCCGCCCGCACCUGGUCCCUGACCCUGCUGUUCCUUCCAGAUGAUGACCUUCCCAUCAUAUGAACACGACGCGAGGAUCUGGCCAAACUUCGGGUGUGCCCAAGCAACUUGCCACACGGGGCCGGUGUGCCCUUUUAGCGUAUGUCCAUUCGCCCGCUGCGUCUCUCCGUCCACUACGUCAAACACCUUCACCGUCCGGUCUGAGGAGCAUGUUGCGAGGCGUUUCCCGUAGUAGUCUAGUUGUGCAUCGUGGAUCAUGUCCUCAUGGGACGUCUCGAUAGGGACGGGUUCCCCCGUUGUCG